CUUUAGCUAGGCGGUUAGAUUUGAAUGCUUUACAGAGUCCUCUGGGCGUCGUGAGGAGACGGGAAGGGGUGGGGGUGAGCUAUGUGAGGAGCGUGCGGACCACAAACAAGUCUGAGGAGAAUUUGUGAAGCCGUUGGGCCGCGGCGGGUAACUUUCGUCCUGGUCUUCGCCCGCGGGAAUUAGGUUUUGUUAGAGCGGACUCAAGGCCCCACGCUGGGAGGAGAGGGACGCGCCUACAACCAGGCUGCCGCAGAACUGUGGGCUCAGAAAAGUUUUUCUUCAAAAAUGGAUGGGAUGUCUUCAGAGGCUAAUGACGAAAAUGGCAAGGUAGAGAAACCUGUUGGAAGACGACAUUCUUCAAUCUUGAAACCCCCAAGGAGUCCUCUUCAGGACCUCACAGGUGGAAAUGGGAAUGAAACUACUCAGGAAUCCAAUGCUUUGAGAAAUAAGAAAAACUCUCGUCGAGUCAGCUUUGCAGAUACUAUAAAAGUAUUCCAGACAGAGUCUCAUAUGAAAAUAGUGAAAAAGUCAGAAAUUUCAGAAACAGAAGCAAGAGAAAAUGUCCUAUUUAUACAGAAUAAGAAUCCAGAAGAUAACUACUGUGAGAUAACUGGAAUGAACACAUUGCUUUGUGCUCCCAUUCAGACCCAGAUGCCCCAGAGAGAGAUUUCAGUUACAGAAUACAGCCAUGAAAGGAGACAUGCAAAUGACCAAACAGUCAUCUUUUCAGAUGAAAACCAGAUGGACCUGACAGCAAGUCACACUGUGAUGAUUACCAAAGGCCUUUUAGAUUGUACCAAAAGUGGAAAGUCCACCAAGAUAGAUACUACAUCGUUUCUGGCUAACUUAAAACUCCACACUGAAGAUUCAAGAAUGAAGAAAGAAUUACAUUUUUCCGUAGAUCAAAACACUUCUUCAGAAAAGAAGAUAAAUUUCAAUGACUUCAUAAAAAGAUUGAAAAUAGGAAAAUCAAAUGCUUUUCCUUUUACAGGACCUGAUAAAGAAAAUUCUGAGAUGCCUGUUCAUUCCAAAGAAGUAAAUAAGACCACUUCUAUACAUCAAAUGCAUGUAUCUCUUGGUGUAGAUGAAAAUACCAGUAAUAUGACUAGACUCUUUAGAGAACAAGAUGAUGGAAUGAAUUUUACCCAGUGUCAUACAACCAAUAUUCAGGCUUUUGUUCCCACAUCCAAUGAGGCCAGCUUAAGGGAAUUUAAAGGUGAUGAUAUUACAGUUUAUGGCAAUGAUUUCAUGGACUUGACAAUUAGCCACACUGUACAGAAGUUACCUUCAGCAGAUAAUCUAUCUGAAAUAGAAAAUCAAACUCAGGAUGUCAUGAUGGAUGUUUCAACAUGUUAUGAAACUAAAGCACUAGAACAGAAGACAGUCUUUAAGGAUAAACCAAAUGAUGCUUUCCAAGACCUUUCCUUAAACCCUGAAGGUAACAUACAUAUGAUCAGAAGUCAUGUUACAGGGACAGAAAUUCAAACAGUCACACAGGCUACCAACCAGAAUAUCAGACCAUUGGCCAUGAUCCCAGAAUCUAAAUAUUCUGGUCCAGCUAUUCAAGAUGAUAAGACAUUUUUCUAUUCUAGUUGUAACGAUGCCAUGGAACUGACCAAGUGUCACUCAAGUAUGAGAGAGGAGAAAAAUUUGGUAAAGCAUGACAAUAAUUAUUCUAAAAUAUAUCCCAAACCAGAUGGCAACUCUCUUAGAGAAAAAACUGUUUAUUCAGGAGAAGAUAGCAUGGACAUUACCAGGAGUCAUACAGUUAAAAUAGAUAAUCAAAUUUUUAAACAAGUUCAGACAAAUGUACAGAAAGCAACUGCACCAGUAUCUGAAAAAGAAAUGAUGAUCCAAAAUCACAUAAUUGUGUCAGAGAAUUGGGACAUAAAUGUAAAUUGUCACUCUGUUCCUCUUGUAUCUCAGGAAAGAUUACAGCAGAGCCCAGAAAAUCCUUUAUUUAUUUCAUUGACUGACAAAAGGACUGAAAUCUUCACGGAUGAAGAUAUGGAUUUGACUAAAAGUCACACAGUUAAUUUAGGAAGUCAGUUUCCUCUUGCAUCUUACAAUCUGACAUCUGAGAAUACCAGUAAAUCUCACUCUCACAGCAAAAGCCUUUCAGAUGAAUGGGAAAAAAUGACCAAAGAUCAUAUUGACCUAUCCCAACAACAAAACAUAACAUCUAAGAACAUCCCAGCUAAUACAUGGGACAAAGAAAAAAGUCAAGUUUUGAAGAUUUCACCCUUUGUUGAUAAAGAUUCUCCUCAGUCACCUGAUAUUAACCAGGACGUAGCAACAAAACAUAAUGUAGUAUACUCUAAUGAAGAUCUUGACAAACAGGUACCACUGGGAAAUAACAGAAAUACAAUUUCAUGUGAGAAAGCUUUGUUGCCUACUACAAAGCCACUAUUUUCAUCAAGAGGAUGGCCUGCCAUGAGAAAUCAUAGUGUUGUUAACAGUCAAACAGUAAAAUCUGUACUAGGCCAGAAUUCUAAACUGCCUGAGCCACUAAGGAAAAGUUUAGGUAAUCCCAUUCCUGACUGUUCUGACAAGACAGUUAUUUGUUCAGAGAAGGAAGAAAAUAUGGAUCUAACCAAGAGUCACACUGUCCUUACUGGAUUUGGUCCUUCUGAAGUACUAGAACUAAGUAAGACUAAUUUUGAAAACACUAAUAGCCAGUUAUCAACAGUAAACAGACAGAAAGCUGUAAAAGUUGAAAAAUGUAAUGAAAGUCCUGUAGAAAAAAUGGGAGUGUUUAUUUCUAAUGGUAUCAUGGAUGUGUUGGAGGACAAAAAUGUACAGAAAUCCGGAAUUCUGAAUGAAAAACAAGACGUCAAAAUUUGUGGAAGAAAAAGUCUUGGCAGACUAAAAGUUGAUAAGACUGUUGUAUUUUCAGAGGGAAAUGAGAAUGAUAUGGAUAUCACCAAGAGUUGUACAGUAGAAAUAAAUCAUAGACCUUUAAUAGAUGAACAUGAUUCCCAUUUGGUGCCUUUGGCAGGAAAUUCUAACACUGUUUUGUAUGCAUAUGGGCAAGAUGACAUGGAGGUCACCAGAAGUCACACAACUGCUAUAGAAUGUAAAACUGUCUCACCAGAUAAAACAACUACUAGGCCUGUGGACAAAACUGUAAUGUUUGUAGAUAAUCAUGAUGAACUAGAAAUGACAAAGUCCCAUACUGUUUUCAUUGACUGCCAAACAAAGGAGAGAACUGUGCUUCCAGACAGACCUAACUUUGAACUAUCCAAAAGAAAAAGCCUAGAAAAAUUAAAAGUGACCCCUACUUCUACUGAGGAGAGUGUUUUUUUCCCACAAAAUGUCAAAAGGGAUCAUUCAGUCGCAAAAGUCAGCCAGCUAACACUACCAGGGAAAUGGUCUAAUCAUGGUCCUUUAGAGAAAGCUGAAGCAUUUAUAGCUGAUGAUAACAUGGAAAUGUCUAAAUCAACCAUUUGGGAAAAUGACAGAAAUGUACAAAAGCCUAUAUUUCUGAAAGAACCUCUAUCAGGCAAAAAUCAGAGAAGGAAAAGCCUUAGACUCAAAAAUGACACGACCAAUGCAUUUUCAAAGAAUGAUAAAAAUGAUAUGCAUGUCAUCCAGUGUUGUACAGUGGAAAUAAAUAACAAAAGUGUCCUGGAAGAUAGAGAGGACUCCUGUUUGGUGCCUUUAGAAGGAACUUCUAAUACUGUGUAUACUUGUGGACAGGAUGACAUGGAGAUCACCAGAAGUCACACAACCGCCUUAGAGUAUAAACCUGUCUCACCAGAUAAAAUAACCACUAGGACUACAGACAAAACUGUUAUGUUUGUAGAUAAUCACAAUGAUCUGGAAGUUACUAAGUCCCACACUGUUUUCAUUGAUUGUCAAGCCACGGAGAAAAUACUUCAAGAGUGCCCUGCAUUUGGAAUAGCAAAAGGAAAAUCCUUGGGUGUUUCUUUUCCACAGGAUGGUAAUUCUAUUCAAGAAGUCACUGAAAAACAAGCACUGGCUGUAGAAAACAAAAUCGUUCUUCACAGUGAGCAAAAGCAUAAUGUGAUACCCUUUGUUCCUACUAAUACAUUGUCUGGGGGUCAAGGUGAGACAGAUGUCAAAUUCCAUAGCACUUCAGUGGAUGAAGAAGUCAUGAAAGUUGUAGGCCAGGCCUGUACAUUGGAAGAACCCAAAAUUGAAAGCUGUCAGUUAAAUAGUACAGAUAGAAGAAAUGUGGAUUUUACAGGCAGUCUUGCAACUGCUCUUUGUGGAUCUGGUGAUAAUUAUUCCUGUUUACCUAAUGUUACUUCCUUUUUUGGUAAUUUGGAGAAGAAUGUCGUGUCCUUAUGUGAUAAAGAUGAAGAUUUAAAAGCCAGUCAUUGCCCAGUGCAAAAUGAUCUUCCUUGUGCAAACAAUUCAGCCAGUGAUGAUUAUUUGAAAUCUGAGGGACUGCCUCUUUCUGCUCCUUGCUUGUUAAAGAAGGAGAAAGUUGUUCAAACCAAUACCCAAGGACAGUUACAUUGUGCCCCAAAAGUGCUAAAGGAUCAAGAUCUGAUUAAGGAGCCCCCAAAUCUAAUAUCAAAUGAAACUUUAGUAUAUGGUGAAGAUUCGGGGGAGAUGACUAAACUUAACUCAAAGCCAGUGUGUUUUAAGCUUCCAAGGGAUCAAGUGGAGCCCUCUGUUGAUAAGGCAGAACACAGUUUAAAGAAGACCUUUGUUGAUGAUGUUUGUGUUGCUUCUCAGCACCAUCUAUUAACCCAACUACCUCCAUUACCUCAACAAGGACAGAAUAGUGUCAAUAAAGAUGAAGGAAUAUUGUCUAAAGCUGGAAAUAAUUUAAAUAUUGUUGGAGGAAAUUCCUCUGAACCCACAUGUGAAAACGAUUCCACAAUGCUUUAUAAUGGAAAACAGUUUACUGCAGCCUAUAAAAACGAACCAAAGAAAAAUAUUCAAACAGCUAAAUGUAAUACAGCUAUAGAUUUCCACAGUAACUCAUCCUUGACUAAGCAAGUUAUUCAAACUCUUAUCCGUCCUCGAGAAGCAUCAGAUCCUGUAAUUGCAUCCAGUGUUGCAACUUGUAGUAGUGUCAAGCCAAAUCUGAAUAACUUAAAUGGAAAAACUGAAGAAAUUUUAGAUUUCCAACCAGUUCAUUUACCACCUUCUCCAGAACAGUUACUUGAAUUAGUAAAUAAGGUGCGCUGUGAUAUGAGUAUAGUGCAAGCUACAGAAGCAUGUAAUGUUAACAUAGUGACUAGCAAUGUUAAAGAUGAUAGAGAUGAAGAAAAUAACAUUCCACAUAAGGGAGCUGAAACCACGUCUGUACCAUUAAUGACAACUGUAAAAGAUAAAAUGAGGAGAUGUUCUUUGGGAAUAUUUUUGCCCAGGUUGCCAAACAAAAGAAAUUGUAGUGUCACAGGUAUUGAUGCUCUGAAGCAGGUUCCACCAGACACAACUGAUUUAAAUCACUUAGAAACUCAGCCGGUUUCCAAUAAGGAUUCAGGCAUUGGAAUUGUUACAGCUAAACUGAACUUAAGUCCAUCUCAAUAUAUAAAUGAGGAAAAUCUCCCGAUAUAUCCUGGUGAGAUUAAUUCCUCAGACUCUAUCAGCUUAGAUACUGAGGAAAAAGCUUUGACUGAGACAUACCCAAAAGAGACUUCACCCUCUGAAAAUAAAAUGGAAGAAACCUGCAAUAGCCAAAAAAGAACCUGGGUACAAGAAGAUGAUGAUGAUAUUCAGAAUGAGAAAAAAAUCAGAAAAAAUGAAAUUGGGUUUAGUGAUACUGGAAAAGAUCAGGAGAUUGCUAAUCUCCGUGCUGAAGGAGAUAUGGAUAAAAAUGCUAACAGUGUAUUGAUAAAAAGCCUGAGCAGAACUCCAUCUAGUUGUAGCAGUUCUCUGGAUUCAAUCAAGGCUGAUGGGACCUCUCUGGACUUAAGCACACACCUUGGUAGUCAAAUAGAAUCACAGUUUCUCAGAGAUACCGUUUGUGAAGAGAGCUUGAAGGAGAAACUCAGAGAUGGAAGAAUAACAAUAAAGGAGUUCUUUAUACUUCUUCAGGUCCACAUUCUGAUACAGAAACCCAGACAGAGCAAUCUUCCAGCCAAAUUUACUGUAAACACAUCACCUACUCCGGAAGACCUGAUGUUAAGUCAAUAUGUUUACCGACCCAAGAUACAGAUUUAUAAAGAAGAUUGUGAAGCUCUUUGCCGGAAGAUUGAAGAAUUAAAGCUUUCUGCACUGAACCAAGAUAAACUGUUAACUGAUAUAAAUAGGAACCUGUGGGAAAAAAUGAAACACUGCUCUGAUGAGGAGCUGAAGGCCUUUGGAAUUUACUUGAACAAAAUAAAAUCACGUUUUACCAAGAUGACUAAAGUCUUUACUCACCAAGGAAAAGUGGCUCUAUACAGCAAGCUGGUGCAGUCAGCUCAGAGCGAGAGAGAGAAACUUCAUAAAAGGAUAAAUGAGAUGGACAAUAUACUUAAGAAGAUUGAUAACUGUCUCACCGAGGUGGAAAUAGAAACUAAGAAUUUGGAGGAUGAACAGAAAGACAGUCCUGUUGAAGAACUGAAUUCUGAAGUGAGAGCUGCAGAAAAAGAACUGGAACAGCUGAAAACUGAGGAAGAAAAGCUUCAAAGAAAUUUCUUAGAGCUGGAGAUACAGAAAGAGCAGAUCCUUGCUCAAUUAGACUUUGUGCAAAAACAAACAAGGAGAACUGAAGAGUUGCUGGAUCAAUUGAGCUUGUCUGAAUGGGAUGUCAUUGAGUGGAGUGACGAUCAAGCUGUAUUCACCUUUCUUUAUGACACAAUAGAACUCAUCAUUACCUUUGGAGAGCCAGUAGUUGGUCUCCCUUUCCUGGGCAAGGCUUAUAGGAAGAUUGUUGAUCUGAAUUUUCAAUCUCUGUUAGAUGAGGAUAAAGCUCCUCCUUCCUCCAUUUUAGUUCAUAGCCUUAUUUUCCAGUACAUUGAGCAACAGGAAUCCUGGAAGAAGACAUGCACAACACAGCAUCAGGUACCCAAGAUGCUUCAAGAAAUCUCACUGGUAGUGAGCCAUUGCAAACUCCUUGGAGAGGAGAUUGAGUUUUUAAAGCGAUGGGGACCAAAUUAUAACCUAAUAAGCAUAGAUGUGAAUAAUACUGAAUUGAAGCUUUUAUUCUCCAGCUCAGCAGCAUUUGCAAAGUUUGAGAUAACUUUGUCUCUCUCAGCUCACUACCCAUCAGUCCCAUUACCUUUCUCUAUUCAAAAUCACCUUGGAAACAUUGGCCAAGAUGAAGUCACUGCCAUUCUAUCUAAAGUGCCACUGGAAGACAACUACCUAAAGAAUGUAGUCAAACAAAUUUACCGAGAUCUGCUUCAGGACUGACAGCCAUUUCUACCACUAGAAUCAUGGACUGCAGUUAUAACAGUCAAACACAGUACACUUAAUACUAUGUCAGUGUUUCAGUUACUGUUUAAUAUUCAUCUUUAGGUCAUAGAAGCCUAGUAAAGUUUCUUCCACUAAAGUUACGCUCUCUGCUUUAGUACAAGCCCUUUAAGAAUUAACUUUUAAGUAUAAGGAGAGGUCACCACAGACAAAAAUAUUAGCUAUUUCCCCAUAUCUAGGGCUGUGAUUUUUAGGUUUAUAUAGUGUCUAUUACUAUUUUCCUAAUAUAAUUUUGUAGGGAAAAAUUAAUUUUUGGUUUGAUACAUAUAUGUAAAUAUAUUAAUACUGUUUUUGUGUUUGUGAUAUAGUAAAGAGAUGUAUAUAGAAAUACAUAGAGAUGUAUAGAGAGACAUCCCUCUACCUGGGCAGUUUCAAAACAUUUUUCUGAAGGAUGCCUUACAACAAGAUUCUCAGUCUCUUUCAUUUAAUAACAGCUUCAAACAAUAUCACACCCAAAACACAGGUUUGUCAAGUUUUGGUAAUGGUAAUGAACUUUUAAGUAUUGUUUUCUGAAGCCAAACACUUUCUUAUACACAAAAAUAGGCAUGUCCAUUGAUAAUUGAAUAAUCAGUAUUAUCUGUAAGAUAGACAAAUGUGAAAAAACUUCAUCUAAUCUUUAGUCAAAUCCUAAUCAUGAUCAUUUUUGUUUCCCUUAUAUAUUUCUCAAAUAUAUUUACAUUUUUAAACUAAUUUAUAUUAAUAUUUUGGUUUAUAUUUUGGGAUCAGGUUAAAGUUCUAUGGGUCCCAUGAAUGUUAUCUGCCAUCUUGAUUGGCUUUUACUCCUGAACUACUAGUCAAAAUAGUAAAUGGUCUUUAAGUCAACAUAAAACUCAUUUGCCAUAAAAAUCAAUAUUUAAAUGUUCCCUGUUUCUGUAAACUCCUUGAAAAAAAUUUAAGGUCAUCAAUAUGAUAUGUUUCCCUGAAACUUCCCAUGAAAUUUUUUUUCUUACUGGAGUUGUUUUAUUUCUUUCUGUAAACCUAAAAAAGUAGAAGUUUUGUUUUAUACAUUUUGGCAACCUGGAAUGACCAGCUUCAAGGAUGAUUUGGCUUGUAAUGAUAAUCUCUGCUUUCUUGGGUUUGGAGUACAUAAUUGUAUUAUUUAUCUAGUUAUUUGCUUUUCUAUUUGUUCAAAGUAUUGGUUAUUUUUAUAAAAUUCUUUGGAAGUUUCUUCAGUAGUGAUUGGAAACAGAUUAUUUUUUGCAUUAUUAAAGUAAGUUUAUUAUGUAAAAUA